UGUUUCGUGAACGCGGCAUCGCUUCCGAUUCCCAUGAUGCAGUUCGGAAACGACCCGGCGGGGACAUUCAAAACCAUGGCAGACGACUCGAAUAUAUUAAAAUCAAGAACACCGAGUCCGGACGUCUCAGAUAAUGCGUCGACUAAUGACACCGAAGGCAGCUCCAUCACGAGGCGUCUGUCCUUUUCGUCAGAAAAAGAUGUUGUGGCGUUAGAGGAGCCGAACACGACGUCUAAAAACCAGACGUUACGAAGUGUUUCCGACGCCUCCGAUUCGUGCGCGCUGUCCGCGGAAGUCGUCUCGCAACUCUCAACGCGGGUGGUAAACACGCGUUUAAAGGUGGGAAACGCAUCGCAAUUGAAAGACGUCUCACUGGAACAUCGACUUAAACCAAAACGGCAAAUUGUGUACAACGCCGAGGACCAGGAGAACGCCGCUUUGCCCUCACCAGGCGGCCCUGCAGAUAACACCCAAGGAGAUGACACUACUUCUCCUCCAACAAGUUUGCAAGAUUCCAGUGUGACUGCCAGUAAACAACAUUGUAACACAGAGAGCAUUGAUUGUGAGCCGAUGAGAAAAGCGCAGGACGAAGGCCGCGUGAACGUGGUGUUCCCUGGCACCGUGACCCAGGACGGCUGCUGCCGCUUCGUCAGCGAGAUCCUCAAGUGCAUUCUCUAUCAGAGACAGCAACUUCCCAUGACUUACGACCAGCUGGUGUACUCCCAGAAGAAACGACAAGCCUCAAUGCAGGAUAAAGACAUAGUAAGUCGGCGGCCGGUGCAAGCUGAAGACAUGGACUGGCGCAAGAGUCAACAGACCCUUCAGGAGCUGGAGGAGGUGCUGCAGCAGCUGGAAGUGCUUUUCUCCCUCAGCAGGGUGCCCCGCGUGCUGCUGAUAAUGGGGGGCUCCCUCGUCCUCCCCAAAGAGCUCUAUGAAAUCAACAUGGAGGCCCUGAUAUUGGCUGGUGGAGAUGAAUCUUUACGCGUGUCUUCCUGCUUGAGGCAACUCUUCCACACUCUGUUCGUGGCUGACCUUUUGUCUGACAGCAGACCUAUUCGUUUAAUGCCCACCACAGUCUUGGCGAUGGCUCACAGGGAUUGCGACGUAGGCUGGUUCCGUCCUAAACUGCAGUUUAAGAUGCCAACCCGUGUGAAACACCAAAUUAUAGCUCUGUCUACUGCACCCAGCGACUGUAAGGAACCGAGGGCACAGGGGCCCGACUGGACGGAUUAUGUGUGGUUUCAGGCGCCCAUGACUAUCAAGGGCUUCGGAAAGUGACGGGACGGUUUAGGAGCAUCUUGGCCCUCUAUAGUACGUUUACAUUUGAAUGGUGGUUAAAGUGAAUUCUAAAAUUUAACUGUCCAUAUUUUAAUGAAUGUGUUAUUUUUUUCUAGUUGAGAUUAAAAGCAUGUCACUUGGACAAAUUAUUGAAACAAG